AUGAGCUCCAAGCAUCUUGGUAUAGGCGACACGGACGUGUAUGGUCACUACUACUCGAAUCCCAACAACUGGAUGUGGAGGAUCCUGCGUGAGACUGGCAUCGCCCCCGAGACGGUCAGGGGGGCACAGGACGACCGCCUGAUGCCUGCCCUGGCGGGGGUGGGCUUUGCGGACGUCGGCUCCGGCAUCUCGGGCACCCGGUCGGCCGCAUUCUCCUCCGCCACACUGGCGACCUGGCGCCUGCCCUUCUUCCUGCGCCUGGAGGCCCACGUCUCGGCCGCCGCCGCCGCCUGCACGGGCGGCUGCGCCAGCUGCGCCGCUCCCCGGCUGGUGGCCUUCUCCGGCGUGCGCCACUUCCGGGAGCUGUUUCCCGAAAAGGCGCGGUGCCCCGCCUUGCGCGCUGCCGCUCACAAAGACGGCCCCCCCAAUCAGUGCGAUGAAGAGGCCAGCAGCUGCCCGGAAAAUGGCGGGCUGGACGGCGGCGCCACGGCGCCCCGUCGCAUCCGCUUGACCCCCCGCUGCCCUGCCACCAUUCGGCCCGGCCGCCAGUGGGUGCUGCCCGCCGGCUGGCCCCUCCCCCCCGCGCGCUGCGAGGUGUGGGUCAUGCCCAGCACCAGCGGGGCCGCCGCCAUGACGCGGGAGGAAAGGGUGUCGCCCUGGCGGACCCUGGCGGCCAGGCUGCAGGCGGAGGGGCCCUGCGCGGCCGUGCCAGGCGCGUGCGCCUGUGUAUCGACCUGA